AUGUCCAAGGUCUUGUUGGAAGUCGGGCUGGAUACGGUCAACCAAGAACAGUGCACCAAGUGGAUGGCUAAUGGAAGCGACGUAGCCGUCGAUGCCAGCAUGUUGUGCUCCGGCGGCAAGGAGGGCGAAGAUGCGUGCCAAGGCGACUCGGGUGGACCCUUGACGGUGGAAACCAGCGGUUCUGUAAAGUUGGUGGGGGUGGUCAGCUGGGGCAUUGGGUGUGCCGAGCAAAACAAGCCAGGAGUGUACAGCCGCAUCUCGAUGGCUCGCGACUUCAUUGAGCCGUACCUCAAGAAGUCCCCCACAUCGGCCCCUGGUACCACCACAGUCCCUGGCCCGACCAAACCUACCACCAUGCCCAACGCGACCACGAUGAGGCCCACGACUGCCUCCCCCAAGCCGGGUUGUGCCACGUGCGGCGUUUGCUACUAUCCUGGCGCUGACUACUGCUUGGAUGACUUCUGCAAGGACGACUGCGAAUACUACAGCCAUAAACAUGGAACGUUGUGGUGUGGCAACUAG